AUGUUUUGUAAAUACCCAGCAACCAACGCGCUCAUCAAGUCAUGUUCUUUAAAUCAUCAUCAAUUUCAUUCUCACUACUACGCAACAAUGAUUCAGCAACAUCCAAUAUUCUUUUUAGUGAAACCAGUGUCAUUUUAUGGACCAUCAUCAUGGUACAGACCACGAGAAGAUCCAAAACAAGUGUACAUCCCACUAUGGAUCUUUCAAUAUGGAGAUGCAAUUGCAUACAAAGUAAAACUUCGAGUUACCAUUGACCCCAGAAAACAACGAGAGUUGUUGACACAAAUAUUUGGUGAAUUAGUGGAUGUUCCUAUGGAAAAGGAUCCUCUUGUGUUGACACAAAAUCCAGAAGACUUUUCUCAAAGAGAUGUCAAAGAAAAACAACGAGCUCAAAAGAAAAUUUUAAAAGAAUUGAAAUUAGAAGAUGAAAGCACACUUCAGGAAUUGGUCAAUGUAUUGAAGAAUAUUUUGAGUAACAAAUUUCAGAUUCAAAAACAUAAUUUUACUGUUGAAAAUAUGUCAUCAAGUGAAAUUACAAUUACUUGUAUCAUUGAUCACAUCAAGCUUUCUGAAUAUAACCAAGCACUACCAACGAAUUUACCAGGAGAAGCAACACAACCAAUGUCAUCACCCGUGAUCGAUGAUAUUUCGUAUGUUUACGCAUCGACUCAAUUCGAACGGAGAUACAUCAAAAGAAUUGUUGACAGAAUCGAUAGAAAGUAUUUAACAGAUCCCACAGUGAUUUCAAAAGUUAAUUACAAACUGAAGUGGUAUGAAAAUAUGUGGGAUUCUGUAAAAUUAUUCUUUUCUAAAUCUGCAUUCAAACGAGAUUAUGAAGUGGAUUAUUAUACUGUUGAUUGGGAAACAAGUUGGUCUCUUGCAUUAGAUAAUUAUAUUCCAGAUUCCAUGCAAAAGCAAUUACAUCAAAUCAUUGAGAGAAGUAUUUCAACAUCCGAAGAAGCGAUUCUUUUCGAUUCACCAUCCUUGAUUGUUGGAGGUUUUGAUCUGGAAAAAACAGAUUUUAAAUUACACAAAAAAGAUUUAAUUUACUUUCCAUUCUAUGUGAAGCAAGACGUACUUCAAUUCCCACACUAUUUGAAAUGGUUGAGUCCAUUCCAACUCAAACAAAAAGUGAAAAAGAUUGAACAUGGUGAAUAUUCCUUCCACUCAUUCACAGAUGGUAUCACAUCGAGUUAUGUCACUGGUUAUGUCCCUUACAGCUUUUUCAAAUUAUUCUCUUCGUACUUUGUAGGAACCUAUGUUGGUUGGUACUUGUUGUACCUUUUACUACCCAUAACUAAUUUUUCCAAUUUCCUAUUAUAUGGCUUUUUGUUUUCAACCAUUACAUCAGCAAGUGCCACAACUGAACAAUAUUACAAGCCACUCCUUCACAAGGAACAUCACAGAAAAUUUGCAGUCAUGAUCCACAACAAGUACAUUGCUAAUAAGCCGUUACAAAGAAUUUAUGCUAAUGCAUGGAAGUGGUGUGCACAUCCAUCCGAUGGUAAUACUGCCCUUGGUAUUGAGAUUAGCAAAGGGUGUGAUCUGUACUCCCUAUUGGAAUUAGAUCCAAAGAGAUUUGGUCUUUAUACACAAGAAGAAAUUCGAGUGCAAUACAAAAAGAUGGCAAUGAUUUACCAUCCUGAUAUAUUCGCAUCCAAACAACGAGGAUUCAUCUCUGGAAGUGACACCUCUGGAGAAGUUGAACAAGAAAUUGAAAAAAGUUCUAAACCCGAGGAUAUUUUGGAAGCUCCUAAAAAGGAAGAAGAAGAAUGGACCAAGGAGGAAAUUCUAGAAAGAUUUAAACAAAUUAACUAUGCAUUCUCAAUACUUGGGGAUCCAUACAAGCGUGAACUUUAUCACAAACAUGGAGCUGCUUACUUUAAGUUUAGCAUGUAA